AUGACUGAUCUAUUGAGUGGAGGUGCCGUUGGAGCUGGAAUGGGAGAACUGGUGAAAUACGCUAUUCAAACAAUCAAUAGUGGUCUACAGUUUGGUUCCACUCUCAAAACGAGCAAUGAAACCUUGAAUGUUUUGGCUCUUUAUGUUGAAAAAAUGAAAGGCUACAACGAUUUGUUGGAUCGACCAAAAGAAGAGAUAGGAAGAUUAGAGGCUCUCGUAAGAGAAGGUGAAGAGCUUGUUGGAAAAAGCAAGAAGCUUACUUGGAAGAACUUUUAUUUUUUUCCAGGUUACCAAGGAAAGCUUAAGAAGCAAGACGCGAAGCUUGAGAGACACUUGAAUGUUAAUGUGCAAGUCGAGAAUAAAAAUGAUUUGAUGGAGCUGAGGGUUAAGGUGGAUGAAAUGUACAAGAUUUUGAAGAUUGUGAAUAGAAUGGUGAGUUUGGGUCAGUUUGAUGGGAAACAGAUAAGGGGUUUGUGUGGUGCUCCUGAAGAGCCUGGAUUUAUUGGAAUGGAUGAGCCGGCGCCUUUGAAUAAUUUGAAGGUUAAAUUGAUGAAAGAUGGUGUUUCUGUGCUUACUGUUAGUGAAUUUGAGCUAACCACUCUUGAUAACAUGCUCUGUCGGGAUCCACAAAUCAGAGGCAAGUUUGGUAGAAACAUCUUCUAUGUCCGCCUCUCAAGAACUCCCAACUUGAAGAACAUUGUACAGACAAUAAUUGACUCAUGUGGAUUUUGGGUGCCGGAGUUUCAAAACGAAGAUGCAAUUGACAUAUUGGGACUUCUAUUUAGGGAAAUUGGAUUUCCAAUAUUAUUACUCUUGGAUGAGAAGUUCAAAUUCCAAUUGCCAGAUUAUAAGAUCUUAUAUACAGGUGAGACUUAA